AUGAAUUCACGAAGUACUUGUGUAUCCCUAGGUAAAUUCCCAUUUGAUUAUACGGAAGAACAAGUAAGAGACAUAGCAAAAUCAGUUGGACCAGUAUUAGAUGUAAAAUUAUUAUUUGAUGAAUUAACAGGAAAAUCAAAAGGAUAUGCUAUUGUAAAUUAUGGAGAUGUUGAAACAGCAGGAUCAGCAGUUAGAAAUUUAAAUUAUACUUCAUUACCAAAUGGUAGAUUUUUAAAAUGUUCAAUAAUAAAUGAUUAUGAUAUGAACAUUAAUUCAAAUUCAGAAACAAUAAAAUUACCUCCAUUACCAUUAGGUAUACAAAUUCAUCCAAAUCAAAAUGCUUCACAAGUUAUAUCAUCUAUAUUAACAAAUAUUGAUUCAAAUUCUGCAUUACAAAUAUUAAAAGAAAUUCAAACUAUGAGUAUAGAAAAUCCCAAGGGAACAAAAUUAUUAUUAGAAAGAUUUCCUCAACUUUCUUUAGCAUUAGUUGAAUUAGGUUUAAUUUCAAAUACAACAAAUCAUGAAUUAAUUGAAUUAACUUUAAAUAAAAAACCAAUUGAAUUAAAAGAAUUAAGUAUAGAUCAUGUAAAACUUUUAGAAUCAGUUAAUAAUUUAACUAAUGAAGAAAUUGAAGAAUUAAAUGAAAAUCAACAAGAUAUAAUUAAACAAGUGAAAGAUGAGAUUGCAAAAGGUUCUUAUGGAGAGAUUUUAGUUGAUAUAUAG